UUUUGUAUUCACAGGGUGUUUGCACCAAGCUGAAUGCUCAUUGUGUGUCUGGUCAUAUCAGUAGAAACUGAUUUCAGACAUAUGACUGAUGUCACAAUGGGUAUAAGAGCUGUGGCCAGGCCCUCGCCCACCUGUUCCUUUGCCGGUGACCGUCGACACUGUCAGACCACAGCAACCUCGGGAGGAGAGAUCAGCGAUGGCGUUCCAGUCCAAUGUGAUCAGCUCGCAGCCUCAGGUCUCAGUCACCCAGUACACUGUGACUUCCGGAAUGUCGGAUUGGAGCUCAAAUGUGUGCGACUGCUGUGAAGACUGUGGAAUCUGUCUUUGCGCCACAUUCGUCCCGUGUAUUCUUGGCUGUAAGGUGGCUCAGGACAAUGGGGACAGCUGCUGCCUCCCCUUCCUUCCGGGUGCGAUGAUAGCUCUGAGGACAAGCAUCCGCAGCAGACACCACAUUCAAGGCUCAGUGUGUGAUGACUGGGUUAUCAUGGCCUGCCUUCCUCUGUGUGGACUGUGUCAGAUGGCCCGGGAGCAGAAGAUGAGAAGAUAAAAAGAUUUACAAAUAACAAGGCACUUGUGGAAAACGUUCAUUUCUUGGUCUGUUUUCAACAUAAGAAUAAUAGCUGUAAGAUCAGACUGAACUGCAAUUUUAUUUGACUUUAUUAUUUUGUACUAAUAUACUAUAUACUGUAUCUAAUAUACAUAUUUAUACACAUCACAGGUAUGGGCAGGUUUUCAGUGAGUUGGAAGAAAAAUAAAUAUUUCAUUAGGCGUAAACCUUUGCCCCGAACCAACGUCUUUCAUGUCCAGUUAAACAGCGACUCACUGUGUUGAAAUUGUCUUCAUGCAACAAACUGGCGAACACAUGAACAAGCAAAGGCGGACCUUCACACUUCCUUGUGACGCAGCAGUUUAUUGUGGUGAAUUUACAAGAGUUAAUACUUUUGAAUAUAUUAAUAUCAGAAUAUUGUUAUCCUUGCAUAUUAGUAACAUGUUCAUCAAAUAAUAUAGAAAAUAAAUAUGAUGUAUUUAAUGGCAAAUGCAUUCAAACAACA